GAGGAGGUCGAUGUUCCCUCCUGAGUAGAUGGUACUUGUGGUGGUGGUGGUGGCGGCUGCUGUUGUUGUUGCUGCUGCUGCUGUUGCUGCUGUAAUUGUUGUCUCGGGUACCGUCGUCGUCGAUGCGCAGUCGGUAGAUUUGGAGCAAGAUUAAGAGGAGGCAAGUUGGUGUUUGUCGUCGCGGAUGUUGUUGCUGCAGGUACAGUCGGUUUUGGAAGCUCCUGCUGCUGCUGCUGCUGCUGCUGCUGCUGUUGUUGAACCUUGUGGUACAAUGGGGGUAUCUGAAUUUUUGAAUAAACAAGCGGUGAGUACUGCGGCGUAUCUUCUUCCUGCUGCUUUUGUUGUUGUUGUCCUUGCGGUUGAUCAAGAGAGUAUGGCUGUCGCGAUGACUGCGAUUGUUGUUGGAUGCGCAUAUCCACAGAUUUUCCCUUCGUAUCUUUCACAGAAGAUGUUUCCACAGGUAGAGGAAAUGACGCCUGGUCACCGUCCACAUCAAGGGAUGAUCGAGGGGAAGGGUCGAUAGGUGAUUCGAUAGAAGGAUGUAGCGACGUCAUUGUAGCAUUUUCACUGCCGUUCGUGCCAUGGAACGAAAACGUCGUGCUUGAUGUAGUGCGCGUGUGUGAUCUAAUUACGGUUUCUUUAUGGAGGGACGUAGCGGUCGUUGAAGUUACUGAUGCUGCAGCUGUAGCAGCUGCUCCUGUGUCAUCUGCAAACCUCGGACGAAGCGACUUGGAUGCUUCAGUCACGCAUAAUGUUGGCGCAGACUGUUUUCGCAUUGGUGUGGGUGGUAACGGCUUGUUGGUUCCGAGAUCACCGUCAGUAUCUUCAUUACCGCUUUCAGGUGUCGUUGCUGGUUUUGGCAUUACAGGAAGAUUGGGUGGAUUCAUAUUCUCCUUUUUGCGCAGACGAUAAUGGCUCCGUUUGGUUCGUGGGCUGCUGACGAGAUUCGUGCCACCGCUGCUGCCGCCAUUCCCGUUGCCUUUGGUGAAAAAGUUAUCAUAAACUGGCGAAUAGCAGUAUUGCAUUUCUGGGUACGCUGGUGCAGCAAGUCGAAUAUAGUCAUCAGACAUGACGGUUGGACGAAACGACACAAUGCGUUCGCCUCGCUCGUCAGUUCUUAGUAACUUUAUCCGCAUCUCAUGUAUUAAGAAAUUCGCAUCGGUUAUCAAGGACAUUUUGGCAUAUGUGCGUUUAUCUUGCUGUGUUACGUUUGUAUUUAGCAAAAGAAAAGUUGUGGAGGAGGGGAAGGGAUUAUAUAUGUACAGGGUAGAAGGUUCCUAAAUAUGAGUGUGUGU